AUGGCCAGGGUGCUGCUCACCGCGGGUCUGCUCCCGCUGCUCGUCCAUGUGGUGCUCCCCUGUAUUCGUACCGUACCUUCAUCGACAGCCACAACGACAACAACCACGACUACCGCCACCACCACCACAACGACCACAACAGAUCCCACUAAUCUUUGUUCAACCUGCGACAGGUCGUUGAUUACUGUCGAUUUAACGGAGGAUGGUACCGUUGAGCCGACAUCGGAUGUCAUUACAACUGACGCAAGUGGCUGCUCUGUGCGCACGUUUACUUGUGAUUCCACAACGGAUGGAGCGCAGGUCGUCAUUUCGUUUAACAAUGACGACGCCGGAACGAAAAGUGGCUUCGACACCGUCCAGGAUACUGUAACUUGCAAUUCCGACGGCAUGGCUGAUGGCUGCUCGGUGACCUACACUUGUACGGCUGAUGAUCCAGAGUUCCAGAGUACCAUCUCGCUCGACCUUGACGCUUCCGGUACCAUGCGCCAAUUCCUAUUCUUCGGCCUAGUAUUCGUUCUCCUGAAUACGGUAGACACAUGUAUACGCACCGUGCCGACGCCGACUCCCGGCCCUGGAACAACAUGCGACUGUGGCGCAACGCCGACUGUGGACACUACAACAGACGGAGUCUCAUCAUUCACGGACAUUAACGCGAGCGCUGACGGCUGCUCGGUGACGUACACGUGCACGGCUACGGACCCUGAACUUCAGAGCAUCAUCUCGUUUGACGAUGAUACCUUGGGCAACACCGAUGGUACUCCCACGGCGACGGCGACACUCCAUAUGGGCACGACGACAAAACGUCCGACCACUACUACAACGACACCAACGACAACAACAACCACAAAGGCGACGCCAGUCUGCAACUGCCCCACCCCGCCCACUAUUGAUAGGACGAGCGCGAGCGCAGCUGCCUUCAGCGGCAUUGUUGUGAAUGCCGACUGCUCGCGGACCUACACUUGCACACGUGGUGCGGCGCAGGCAGAGAUUUCGUUUAACCUCGAGACGGCUGGCACGAUCACUUCCACCUCUAACAGCGUCUCCGCCACUCUCCAAUCAUGCGACUGUGGCGCAACGCCGACUGUGGACACUACAACAGACGGAGUCUCAUCAUUCACGGACAUUAACGCGAGCGCUGACGGCUGCUCGGUGACGUACACGUGCACGGCUACGGACCCUGAACUUCAGAGCAUCAUCUCGUUUGACGAUGAUACCUUGGGCAACACCGAUGUCUGCAACUGCCCCACCCCGCCCACUAUUGAUAGGACGAGCGCGAGCGCAGCUGCCUUCAGCGGCAUUGUUGUGAAUGCCGACUGCUCGCGGACCUACACU